AGAAGCUUUCCGGCACCGUCCAUGGGUCCGUCCGGGCCCCGGAAAAAGUCUUGGCAUGAAAGCGGCGGCGGCAGACGCGGAUCGAGAUCCCGCACACACAAAUGCAAUGGUGACAGCCACCACCGCGCGGCUCCCCCUCCACGACCAAACACGCGGGAAAGGGAUCCCACCCACCGCCCGCCCCGCUGGCUCGGCUCGGCGGCCCCACCGCCGGCGUGGGCGCACGUGCCACCGCCUCACCCGUGUCCGGCGACGGCCGGGGACAACUACCGCCCCGCGGAAGUACCAGCAGAAGAGAUGGUGUGAUGAGGCCCGGGGCCCCCGCCACCCUCCCCCACUACCAGCGAUCGGCGCCGCGCCGCGCUCCCACUUCGUGGCUCGCCAGUCGGUCGGUCAGUCCGCCACCUGCUUCACUUUGAGACUCCUUCACUUUCUUGAGCUCGGAUCACCAUUUUCCUUUCCUUCGCUCCCCUUUUUCUUUCUUCGGGAUCACCAUUGCCAACCGCUGCACUGCCGCCCUGCCGGCGAUCCCAUCUGAACUUCCCAAGAGGCAAUCGCGCUAGCUUGCCAGCCUUUUCUUGUUCGGUUGUUCCUGGCCUGCCUUUGAUCUUCUGCCGCUGCUGCCUGCCUGCCGCCGGAGUCCCCCGCUGGCCCCGGUCCUCUGUUCUUGCCCCCGCCCCUCGGAUCUCGGGCUCCGAUCGGCGUCCGCUUAAAGGUCUGUGCUGGCAGGUGAGAGAGGAGUGGCCAUGGGUGUCCAGGCCAAGCAUGAUACAUUAGGCAUCAAGAAAGUUUUGAAGUGCUCUAUCAGAAUAAGCUAUAGAUGUGCCUCUGAACACUGGGCUCUCUUCAGUCUAGCCCUACUGCUUUACCUGCUGUACAGAUCUUCACCGGGUCUCUUCGCUUUCCUUCUCUCCACUUCCCCUGUAAUUAUUUGCGCCACCCUUCUUCUUGGUAUACUGCUAAGUUAUGGGAGCACACAUCUUCCUGAGUCCGUUGAAGACCGGAAGACUGACACAGAUAGUUCAGCUCCCAGGUUUGGAUGUUUUUCCAGAAAUGUUCAUUUUGGAGCACAUCAGGGAUUUUCAGUGCCUGCAGUUAAGGAGAGCACAGUUGGCUUUAAAUGUUGGGAAAUCAGAAACCCAAGUUUUAGCAAGGCAAGGGCUGACAAGCUUACUGAGCUGGAUGAUACUGUUCCUCUUUUGAAGGAAUCAGUUGAUCAAGGAGAUGAGAGAGUUUAUGGACAUGAUAGACUCACUGAACUCUUCGCUUCUAUUUCUUCCAUGGUGACACUGCAGCAAGAGGUUGGUAUGGAGAAAUUCAUGAAGGCUGAUCAUGAACGGGAGUUCAGAGAUCCAUUUUCCAACAAUGAUAAUAGUACCGAGUAUGCUAGCCUGUUUGAGGAUGCUGGUCAAAGAAGAGUUGAUGAGAAGGAGACAACAUUUGGCUUAUGCUCUUCCAGUGAGAAUGAUAGGGAAAAUGAUGAAACAGUAAGAAAGGAAAAUCAAGAUAAAUUGUUGACAGAUGAUCAAAGUGAUAAUGUGGGAGAGGUUUCAGAAGAUAACCCAGCUAAAAAACCGGCUGGUACUUGCAAAUGGGGCCGUGCUUUUUCUGUCCGUCAGAGAAAGAAGCUUGAUGGGAUAAAGAUUGAGCCUAUCAAUGUUGAUAUCAGCAGCCAGUUAGACUCUUCUCUAGUUUCACCAUGUGCAAGAGUUGGCAACCAUGAUGUUUCAUCAGAUUUUGAUUCUGUCAAGCCAGAGUUUUCCUCUUCUGAUAUCACUAUGGUUGACGUUGCUCCAAUGCUCGAUGGUAAUGAUCCUCCUUUAAGCAAUGAUGAUUCUGGUAAGCUAGAGGAUUCCUCUUGUGAUAUCACUAUGGCUGAUGUUGCUCCAAUGCUUGAUGAGAUUGAUCCUCCUUUAGGCAAUGAAUUCCCUAGCCCCGAGCCCAUUGACAAUGAUGAUUCUGUCUGCGGUUCCAACUUCUGCCGCCUGGAUCCUCAAAUGGACAGUGAUAAUAACAGCAAGCCUGAUACUAGUAAAGCUGAAAAUGAUGCUAAGGAUGGAGAAAAGAAGAAGGAUGAUGGUGGGAACCAACCUGAAUUUCUUGGGACAGCAGACGAAGAUAAGAAUGCCAUGGAUCUUGGGUACUCUGAGGUGGAAAGGAGUCGUAGAUUGGAGUUCUUGAUGGCUAAGAGAAGAUCAAGGAAGAAUAUAAUAUUUGAUCUUGAUGGAAAUGAUGCUUGUCAGAGUGCAGAUAGAUUUUCACGUUUCCGUAUGCAAGUUCAGCCCAUUUCAGUAUCAAGGAGGAGCCCUUUUGACCUUGCUUCUGAUCCUGAUGAGGCAGCCAUUCCUGGCUCGGCUCCUUCAAUCAUGCAUCGGCGAAAUAACCUGUUUGAACCCCCUUCUGAACAAUCAGAUGAUGGUGGUGUAUCUGCACAUGAUAACUUGGAUUCUCAAGAAAUCAUGACAGGUUCCCGCCGAGACAUGGUCUUCAAGAGGCAUGAUACCUUCAAUUUUGGCGGCCAAGAGAGACACCGUUCUCGAUUUAAGCCAUGUUUCGUGCUGGAUGCAAUGGAUAUUCAGGAAGAAAGUACAGGCAGUUUCCAGAGGCAGUUCAGUGACAAGAGUGUGUCAAAACUAAGUGCUGUAUCUGAGUGUGAUACCCUUUCUUCGGUCGCUGAUCAAGAGGAAAGCAACAACCUCGUCAAAAAGGAUUUCCAGAGGUGGUUCAGUGACAAGAGCGUGUCAAGACUGAGCGUUGUUUCUGAAUCUGACACCCUUUCUUUGGGCGCCGAUCAAGAGGAAUGCAACGACCUUGUGAAAAAGGAUUUCCAGAGGUGGUUCAGUGACAAGAGCAUGUCGAGGCUGAGCGUUGUUUCUGGAUCUGACGCCCUUUCUUUGGCCGCCGGUCAAGAGGAACGCAGCGACUUCAAUAAGGACUUCCUCUGGUAUUUCCAGAGGCAGUUCAGUGACAAGAGCAUGUCGAAAGUAACUGUUGUUUCUGAAUCCGAUGCCCUUUCUUUGGUCGCCGACCAGGAGGAACACACCGACUUCAAUAAGGAUUUCCUUUGGUACUUCCAGAGGCAGUUCAGCGACAAGAGCGUGUCGAGGCAGAGCGUUGUUGCUGAAUCUGAUAUCAUUUCGUCAGUCACCGAUCAAGAGGACCGCAGCGACCUCGUCGAGAAGGAUGUCCUUUUGGGGGACACGUCGCCAGAGCUGCCAAGACAGGAAAGUGAUGUUGGAAAUGCUGGAAGCAAAUGCCCAGACACGGUUGAUUUUUUGGGUGAUGAAACUCUGAAUGCCGCUGUCGCCAGUGGGAUGGAGCCUGAGCCAGUGUGCAAUGCUGCAACAUAGGCUCUGAAUCUUCUGAUCAAGUGAUGUCGAAGCACAGAGCUUUCCCUGUACAUUUUGUGAAUGUAAUUGGAUAGAAACAUGGCACUGUUCCUGUUGCCAUUCUCUGAACAUAGGCCUUGUGAAGUUCCAAAAAAUGAAAAGAGAGAGAGAACAAUUUUUGUGUAUGUUACAGGUUAUUCCAUCCUAGAGAAUGUUGAAUAUCCUUAUGAAAUCUUCAACCCUGAUUCCUGUUUGCUUUUAGCAGAAGUUUCCCAGCUGCCAUGCAAUGUGUGAACCCACAUUAUCUAGAACAGUGGCCAGCAACCCCCGCCCAAGACUUGGAACUUGUGAGAUUCUUGGCCUGCGGUCUGUCUGAAGAAGAUUCGUUUCCCCAGCUGGAAGCAAGCAUACAAAGUUUUCCCUGUACAUUUUGUGAGUGCAAUUGGAUAGAAACAUCAUAGUAGUGUUCCAGAUGCCAUUUUUUGAACGUCAAUAGGCCUUGUGAAGUUGUUCCAAACGAAAUGAAAGGAAAGAGCAUAAUCUUUGUGCC